CCGUUUCUCUGUUUAGUAAGACGUCUUAACGUCGAUUUAUUUUGAAUAUAUAUAUAUAUAUACAUAAAAAACAAAACACCCGUUGAUGAACGUUCUUACAGCUCUUGUGGCAUUGAUCUGGCAGGGCGGGGUGAUGUCGGCGCCAGUGGACAACCACAAUAGUCCCAAGUCACAGGUGGAGUACAUUAAUAGCCUGCCAAUUGAUGGUCCCAACGCGUAUCCGAAAAUUGUGCCCAUCACUCGUCCCCCUCUUGUGACUCAAACUGCUCCACCGCCACCCUUCAACUCGAAGAACUUUGCAUAUAGUCCGAAAACGCAGACUUGGACCCUUAUAGCCCCUGGUGAUCCUCAACCAAGUGACGAGACGCUUGUCUGGAAUAAGGCUAACGACAAAUGGCUGACCAGCUCUCGCUAGGCGCAUAAGCUAACUAUUUCUGUUCUUUAAUGGUAUAUCAAAGUAAAACUGGAAACAUUUCUGUGGACAUUGAUCCAUUCUCAGCGGAA